GGCGUUCCUGUAGCUGGCUGUACUGCUGCCUACAUGCCUUACUCCCUUAAUAACAAGCUACAUACACCACCAUCCCUUUAAUCACAAAAUCUGAGUAUCCGCUGACAGCCGGGAUGGCCAGAAGUAAGAACGUAUAAGAUGCGGGUAAUCAGGCACUCUGCGAACACCCUGCGCGAUGCUCUGCUGUCCGAUAAUCCUCCUCUACAAAAGCUGUUUGAGGAAUACACCGUAGUGGAAAGAACGCUCCUCUGUCAAGCGUUCCAAGCAGAUGGAUCCAUCUUUCACCCUAUAACAAUCCAUUCUCCAUCCGACUGGAUUCCAUCCCACCCGGAGCCCGCCGAGUCCUUCAAAGACUUUUAUUACAAGUCCAGCAGACGUGUCCCAACGUCAAAGAGAAAGACCAUCUAUGUGCAAACAAUAGGUCCUUUUGGAGAUGAUGAUGUUUGCACUCACCGUUACAUUGGUUGGCUGAAAGGGUAUUGCCAAGCUUUUUUUUAUGGACUCCCUGUUAAAAUCCAAGGUCCGAUCCCUGUAUCGGAAACUGGCUGUGCAUUUCGAAUCAAUGAUAUGACUCAAAAUUUACAGAUUCACGCAGGGGAUCUCCUUAAAUACCUGAAGCAGGUGAAGCCGGACGAUGCUCUGUGUAUUGUGGGAGCGACAAUGAUAGAUUUGUAUCCGAGAGACAGUUGGAACUUUGUGUUUGGGACAGCGUCACUAACUGAAGGUGUGGGGGUAUUUAGUUUUGCGCGAUACGAUGAUGACUUUUACAGUCCGGGAUAUAAAGGCCGAUUGAAGCAGAGGGUGAAGCUUGUAGAUGAGGGAUACUCUGUGUUUGAGAAGUCGUAUACCCCUCCGAUUACCAGCCCACUACUCAUCAGAUCCUGUAAGACUCUCACACAUGAGAUCGGACACAUGUUCGGGAUUCAUCACUGUCAGUGGUUACGGUGCGUCAUGCAAGGGUCUAACCAUCUGGAAGAAUCGGACCGUCGCCCUCUUGACCUCUGCCCCGUAUGUCUUCGCAAACUGCAGAGUGCCAUCGGAUUCAAAAUAGCCGACAGAUACCAGGUUAUGUUCCCCUGCGUUCUUGAGAAGGUCAUGAUCACGUUCCUGACAACUACAUCACGUGUUACCGCUAUGACGUCUCUGAGGGUUCCCUCAGGUGCUGCUGGGGAUUUUCGGACUCUGAACGCCGAGUUUAUUAGAUUGGAUGUACCAAGUGUAAACCCUAUCCCGGUGAUUAACGUAUCCCAAAGUGAAAACCAAUUAACAAGUAAUUUGCACCUUUUGACGAGUGUUCAUGUAGCCCAUCGUGGACCAGUCCCAGCGGUGAAUAUCCUCUGCAAUUUGAAUGCGAAAAUGAUUGGGGAAUAUUGCAGAGUUGAUAAUUGA